AUGAUAACAAGAAUUUCCAGUAGUUUAUUCAAACCAAGAACAUUUAGAGCAAUGAGUGUUAAAUCUAGAGAUCCAACAAGUUUACAUAACCCAUAUUUUUAUCAAAAACCAGGUCAAAAAGAUAUUUGGUCAUUGAUUAAUGAAACUGCAGCUCAAGCACAAGAAGAAUUAGGUAAACCAAUUGUUAAUUUAGGACAAGGAUUUUUUUCAUAUAAUCCUCCUGAUUUUGCUAUUAAUGCAGUUAAUCAAGCAUUAUCAAAACCACAAUUUAAUCAAUAUGCUUCAGCUAGAGGAAAUCCAAAUUUAUUAAAACAAGUAGCUGAACAUUAUUCAAGAAGUUAUGGAAGAGAAGUUGGAAUUGAUCAAGUACAAAUUACAACCGGUGCAAAUGAAGGUAUGUUUGCUAUAUUUUUUGGAUUUUUAACACCUGGUGAUGAAGUUAUUGUAUUUGAACCAUUUUUUGAUCAAUAUAUUCCAAAUGUUGAAAUGACUGGUGCUAAAAUUAAAUAUGUUGAAAUUAAAUAUCCAAAGAAAUUUGAUAAUCAAGUUGUUAGUGGUAAAGAUUGGGAAAUUGAUUGGGAAGGUUUGGAAAAUUCAAUUACUGAUAAAACUAAACUUAUUGUUAUUAAUACUCCUCAUAAUCCAAUUGGUAAAGUCUUCACAGAAGAAGAAUUGGAAAGAAUUGGUAAAAUCGCCAUUGAACAUAAUUUAAUUUUAGUUAGUGAUGAAGUUUAUGAAAAUUUAUAUUUCACUGAUAAAUUUCCAAGACCAGCUGCAUUGGAAAAAUUACCAGAAUUAGCUGAAAGAACAUUAACUGUUGGAUCUGCUGGUAAAUCAUUUGCUGCUACUGGUUGGAGAGUUGGGUAUAUCCAAGGUCCUGCUAAUUUAAUUAAAUUUGUCACUGCUGCUCACACAAGAAUUUGUUUCUCAAGUCCAGCUCCUUUACAACAAGCUGUUGCUCAAGGGUUUGAAGAAGCCGACAAAUUGGAUUAUUUUGAAGCUACAAGACAAGAUUAUAAACAUAAGUAUAAAAUCUUCACUAAAGUUUUUGAUGAUUUAGGAUUACCUUAUACUAUUGCAGAAGGUGGUUAUUUCCUUUUAGUUAAUUUACUGAAAAUUAAAAUCCCAGAUGAUUACCAAUUCCCUGGUCCAAUUAGUGAUAGAGGUACUUUGGAUUUUAAAUUAGCAUAUUGGUUAAUUAAAGAAAUCGGAGUUGUUGGUAUCCCACCUACUGAAUUUUUGAUUGAAUCAAAGAGGAAAGGUAAUGGAUUGGAAAAUUGUAUCAGAUUUGCUGUUUGUAAAGAUGAUAAGAUUUUAGAAGAUGCAGUUGAAAGAUUAAAGAAAUUGAAAGAUUAUUUAUAG